GCCCCGCCCCGGCGCGAGGCAAGACGGGAAAGUCAAGAUGGACGCGUCCAUUUGAACGUCUCGCACGCCUUCCUGCCAUUAGCACUCGAGCCCGCUGCUGUUGCCCGUUCUUCCUCCGGAACAGGGGAGGGAGAGGGAAUGAGAAGCUGCUGCGGCCGAAGAGUCACUGUGUCGGACCCCGCCGCUGCCCUCGGGCCUCCUCGGCCCCUGCGCCUCCGGGGAGCAGCCGGGGCUCGCCGCGCCUGACGCGUCCCGAGUUAUACAGGUGCGGGCGCCGUACCGCAGCACUUGGUGGUCUGUCGCGCGCCGCGUGACUCUCGCACCUGUCCCGAGGCCGAGCCUCCCCUGGUGGCCGCAGAAAUAAUGUUGAUAUUUGGAACCCAUGUCGAACUUCUAUGAAGAAAGGACAACGAUGAUUGCAGCAAGGGAUUUGCAGGAAUUUGUUCCUUUUGGUCGAGACCACUGCAAGCACCACCCUAAUGCUUUGAACCUUCAACUUCGCCAGCUGCAGCCAGCUUCUGAAUUAUGGUCUUCUGAUGGUGCUGCUGGCUUGGUGGGAUCCCUUCAGGAGGUUACAAUCCACGAGAAACAGAAGGAAAGCUGGCAGUUAAGGAAAGGAGUAAGUGAAAUUGGAGAAGAUGUGGACUAUGAUGAGGAACUCUAUGUUGCUGGAAAUAUGGUGAUAUGGAGCAAAGGAAGUAAAAGCCAGGCAUUGGCAGUUUAUAAAGCAUUUACAGUUGACAGUCCUGUUCAGCAGGCAUUGUGGUGUGACUUCAUUAUAUCACAGGAUAAGUCUGAAAAGGCCUACAGUAGCAGUGAAGUAGAAAAAUGCAUAUGUAUAUUGCAAAGCUCAUGUAUUAACAUGCAUAGCAUAGAAGGAAAGGAUUACAUAGCUUCAUUGCCAUUUCAGGUUGCAAAUGUUUGGCCCACUAAAUAUGGAUUGUUGUUUGAACGAAGCGCUUCUUCACAUGAAGUACCUCCAGGUUCACCCAGAGAACCUUUACCUACUAUGUUCAGCAUGCUGCACCCACUAGAUGAAAUAACUCCACUUGUUUGUAAAUCUGGAAGUCUUUUUGGUUCAUCACGGGUGCAAUAUGUUGUAGAUCAUGCAAUGAAAAUUGUUUUCCUCAAUACUGACCCCUCUAUUGUAAUGACUUAUGAUGCUGUUCAAAAUGUGCAUUCUGUGUGGACUCUCCGGAGAGUCAAAUCAGAGGAAGAGAAUGUUGUUUUAAAGUUCUCUGAACAGGGGGGAACCCCACAGAAUGUGGCCACUAGCAGCUCCCUCACAGCACAUCUCAGAAGCCUCUCCAAAGGAGAUUCCCCUGUGACUUCACCUUUCCAGAAUUACUCAUCCAUUCACAGCCAGAGUCGCUCAACCUCAUCACCCAGUCUACAUUCUCGCUCACCUUCUAUUUCCAACAUGGCAGCUCUAAGUCGUGCUCAUUCUCCUGCGUUAGGAGUGCACUCUUUUUCAGGGGUGCAAAGGUUCAACAUUUCAAGCCAUAAUCAGUCUCCAAAGAGACAUAGUAUUUCUCAUUCUCCAAAUAGUAAUUCUAAUGGCUCCUUUCUUGCACCAGAAACGGAGCCAAUUGUUCCUGAACUGUGUAUUGACCAUUUGUGGACAGAAACGAUUACUAAUAUAAGAGAGAAAAAUUCACAAGCCUCAAAAGUGUUUAUUACAUCUGACCUAUGUGGGCAAAAGUUCCUGUGCUUUUUAGUAGAGUCCCAGCUCCAGUUACGCUGUGUAAAGUUUCAGGAGAGUAAUGAUAAAACUCAGCUCAUCUUUGGUUCAGUGACCAACAUACCAGCAAAGGAUGCAGCACCAGUGGAGAAAAUAGACACCAUGCUGGUCUUGGAAGGCAGUGGAAACCUGGUGCUAUACACAGGAGUGGUUCGGGUGGGAAAGGUUUUUAUUCCUGGACUGCCAGCUCCCUCUCUGACGAUGUCCAACACAAUGCCUCGGCCCAGUACUCCACUUGAUGGCGUUUGUACUCCAAAGCCUCUUAGUAAACUCCUUGGAUCAUUGGACGAGGUUGUUCUGUUGUCCCCAGUUCCAGAACUGAGGGAUUCUUCAAAACUUCAUGAUUCUCUCUAUAAUGAGGAUUGUACUUUCCAACAGCUUGGAACUUACAUUCAUUCUAUCAGAGAUCCUGUCCAUAACAGAGUCACCCUAGAACUGAGUAAUGGCUCCAUGGUUAGGAUCACUAUUCCUGAAAUUGCCACCUCUGAGUUAGUACAAACGUGUUUGCAAGCAAUUAAGUUUAUCCUGCCAAAAGAAAUAGCAGUUCAGAUGCUUGUCAAGUGGUACAAUGUCCACAGUGCUCCAGGAGGACCCAGUUAUCACUCAGAGUGGAAUUUAUUUGUGACUUGUCUCAUGAACAUGAUGGGUUAUAACACAGACCGCUUAGCAUGGACUAGAAAUUUUGACUUUGAAGGAUCACUUUCUCCUGUCAUUGCGCCCAAAAAAGCAAGGCCUUCCGAGACUGGAUCUGAUGAUGACUGGGAAUAUUUACUAAAUUCAGACUACCACCAGAAUGUUGAGUCUCAUCUUUUGAACAGAUCUUUAUGUCUGAGUCCUUCAGAAGCUUCACAGAUGAAGGAUGAGGAUUUUUCACAGAAUCUCAGUCUGGAUUCUUCUACACUUCUCUUUACUCACAUACCUGCAAUUUUUUUCGUUCUUCACCUUGUGUAUGAGGAGCUUAAGUUGAAUACUCUAAUGGGAGAAGGAAUUUGUUCACUUGUUGAACUUCUCGUUCAGUUGGCAAGGGACUUAAAAUUGGGGCCUUAUGUAGAUCAUUACUAUAGAGACUACCCAACGCUUGUCAGAACUACUGGACAAGUGUGCACAAUUGAUCCAGGUCAAACAGGAUUUAUGCAUCAUCCAUCAUUUUUUACAUCUGAGCCACCAAGUAUUUAUCAGUGGGUGAGUUCUUGUCUGAAGGGUGAAGGAAUGCCACCUUAUCCUUACCUCCCUGGAAUCUGUGAAAGAAGCAGACUUGUAGUCUUGAGUAUUGCACUGUACAUACUUGGUGAUGAGAGCUCGGUUUCUGAUGAAUCCUCACAGUAUUUAACCAGAAUAACUAUAGCCCCCCAGAAGUUGCAAGUAGAACAAGAGGAAAACAGGUUUAGUUUCAGGCAUUCUACAUCUGUUUCUAGUCUAGCUGAAAGAUUGGUUGUCUGGAUGACUAAUGUAGGAUUCACUUUAAGAGAUUUGGAAACUCUUCCCUUUGGAAUUGCUCUUCCCAUCAGAGAUGCAAUUUAUCACUGUCGUGAGCAGCCUGCCUCAGACUGGCCAGAAGCUGUCUGUCUCUUGAUUGGACGUCAGGAUCUUUCCAAGCAGGCCUGCGAAGGAAACUUACCCAAAGGGAAGUCUGUGCUCUCAUCAGAUGUUCCUUCAGGAACAGAAACUGAGGAGGAAGAUGAUGGCAUGAAUGACAUGAAUCACGAGGUCAUGUCAUUAAUAUGGAGUGAAGAUUUAAGGGUGCAGGAUGUGCGAAGGCUUCUUCAGAGUGCGCAUCCUGUCCGUGUCAACGUAGUGCAGUACCCAGAGCUCAGUGACCACGAGUUCAUUGAGGAAAAGGAAAACAGAUUGCUCCAAUUGUGUCAGCGAACUAUGGCUCUUCCUGUAGGACGAGGAAUGUUUACCUUGUUUUCGUACCAUCCUGUUCCAACAGAGCCAUUGCCUAUUCCUAAAUUGAAUCUGACUGGGCGUGCCCCUCCUCGGAACACAACAGUAGACCUUAAUAGUGGAAACAUCGAUGUGCCUCCCAACAUGACAAGCUGGGCCAGCUUUCAUAAUGGUGUGGCUGCUGGCCUGAAGAUAGCUCCUGCCUCCCAGAUCGACUCAGCUUGGAUUGUUUACAAUAAGCCCAAGCAUGCUGAGUUAGCCAAUGAGUAUGCUGGCUUUCUCAUGGCUCUGGGUUUGAAUGGGCACCUUACCAAGCUGGCGACUCUCAAUAUCCAUGACUACUUGACCAAGGGCCAUGAAAUGACAAGCAUUGGACUGCUACUUGGUGUUUCUGCUGCAAAACUAGGCACCAUGGAUAUGUCUAUUACUCGGCUUCUUAGCAUUCACAUUCCUGCUCUCUUACCCCCAACGUCCACAGAGCUGGAUGUUCCUCACAAUGUCCAAGUGGCUGCAGUGGUUGGCAUUGGCCUUGUAUAUCAAGGGACAGCUCACAGACAUACUGCAGAAGUCCUGUUGGCUGAGAUAGGACGGCCUCCUGGUCCUGAAAUGGAAUACUGCACUGACAGAGAGUCAUACUCCUUAGCUGCUGGCUUGGCCCUGGGCAUGGUCUGCUUGGGGCAUGGCAGCAAUUUGAUAGGUAUGUCUGAUCUCAAUGUGCCUGAGCAGCUCUAUCAGUACAUGGUUGGAGGACAUAGGCGCUUUCAAACAGGAAUGCAUAGGGAGAAACAUAAAUCACCAAGUUAUCAAAUCAAAGAAGGAGAUACCAUAAAUGUGGAUGUGACUUGUCCAGGUGCUACUCUAGCUUUGGCUAUGAUCUACUUAAAAACCAAUAACAGAUCUAUUGCAGAUUGGCUCCGAGCCCCUGACACCAUGUAUUUGUUGGACUUUGUGAAGCCAGAAUUUCUCUUGCUUAGGACACUUGCUCGAUGCCUGAUUUUGUGGGAUGAUAUUUUACCAAAUUCCAAGUGGGUUGACAGCAAUGUUCCUCAAAUUAUAAGAGAAAAUAGUAUCUCUCUCAGUGAAAUCGAAUUGCCGUGCUCAGAGGAUUUGAAUUUGGAAACUUUGUCCCAAGCACAUGUCUACAUAAUUGCAGGAGCCUGUUUGUCUCUGGGUUUUCGAUUUGCUGGCUCAGAAAACUUAUCAGCAUUUAACUGUUUGCAUAAAUUUGCCAAAGAUUUUAUGACUUAUUUGUCUGCACCUAAUGCUUCUGUUACAGGUCCUUAUAACCUAGAAACUUGUCUGAGCGUGGUGCUGCUGUCUCUCGCCAUGGUCAUGGCUGGCUCAGGAAACCUAAAGGUUUUGCAGCUUUGUCGCUUCUUACACAUGAAAACGGGUGGUGAAAUGAACUAUGGUUUUCACUUAGCCCACCACAUGGCCCUUGGACUUCUAUUUUUGGGAGGAGGAAGGUACUCUUUGAGCACAUCAAAUUCUUCCAUUGCCGCUCUUCUCUGUGCCCUUUAUCCGCACUUCCCAGCUCACAGCACUGACAACCGGUAUCAUCUCCAGGCUCUCCGGCACCUCUAUGUGCUGGCCGCGGAGCCCAGGCUUCUAGUGCCUGUGGAUGUGGACACAAACACGCCCUGCUAUGCCCUCUUAGAAGUUACCUACAAGGGCACUCAGUGGUAUGAACAAACCAAAGAAGAAUUGAUGGCUCCUACCCUUCUUCCAGAACUCCAUCUUUUAAAGCAGAUUAAAGUAAAAGGCCCAAGAUACUGGGAACUGCUCAUAGAUUUAAGCAAAGGAACACAACACUUGAAGUCCAUCCUUUCCAAGGAUGGGGUUUUAUAUGUUAAACUCCGGGCGGGUCAGCUCUCCUACAAAGAAGAUCCAAUGGGAUGGCAAAGUUUGUUGGCUCAAACUGUUGCUAACAGGAACUCUGAAGCCCGGGCUUUCAAGCCAGAAACAAUCUCAGCAUUCACUUCUGAUCCAGCACUUCUGUCAUUUGCUGAAUAUUUCUGCAAGCCAACUGUGAACAUGGGUCAGAAACAGGAAAUUCUGGAUCUCUUUUCUUCAGUACUCUAUGAAUGUGUUACCCAGGAGACCCCAGAGAUGUUGCCUGCAUACAUAGCAAUGGAUCAGGCUGUAAGAAGACUUGGGAGAAGAGAAAUGUCUGAGACUUCUGAACUUUGGCAGAUAAAGUUGGUGUUAGAGUUUUUCAGCUCCCGAAGCCAUCAGGAGCGGCUGCAGAACCACCCUAAGCGGGGGCUCUUUAUGAACUCGGAAUUCCUCCCUGUUGUGAAGUGCACCAUUGAUAAUACCCUGGACCAGUGGCUACAAGUCGGGGGUGAUAUGUGUGUGCAUGCCUACCUCAGCGGGCAGCCCUUGGAGGAAUCACAGCUGAGCAUGCUGGCCUGCUUCCUCGUCUACCACUCUGUGCCAGCUCCACGGCACCUGCCACCUAUAGGACUAGAAGGGAGCACAAGCUUUGCUGAACUGCUCUUCAAAUUUAAGCAGCUAAAAAUGCCAGUGCGAGCUUUGCUGAGAUUGGCUCCUUUGCUUCUUGGAAAUCCACAGCCAAUGGUGAUGUGACCGUGUCUGGCGGUGAACCUACCCUGAAACGUGACUUCUGCACAAAAAACGUGACCAAACAUCAAAGCUAAAGCAAUGUUUAUAAAGUUUUAUGGUAUAACUAGGGGGAAAUGAGCUGCACAAACCUCAAUGUAUUUUAAAUCUGUUGCUGUCAUCAUUAACGUUAUAUGAUAUAUAAAAGCAAGUUAAAAUUUACUUUUGUAAAUAAAGUUUUUGGUUUGUUUUCAAAA